AUGUAGAAAAUUAACAAUAUUAAUAAUAAUAAAUAAAUGUUAACCAGAAAAGAAGAUUUGCUAACUGUUUUAAAAUAAAUCUCUGCUCUAAAGUAUGUUUCAAAUUUGUAUGAAUUUUUGUUAGCAACAGAAAAAAUAGUACAAACAAGUGAGCUUGAUACAUAGUUUUAAGAGUUUUUAACAACAACUAUAAUUGCGAGCGAGUAAAAUUUAGUUGAAAACUACAAGCAAAAAUACAACCAACCUAACUUCAGUUAACUGACCAUUAAAUAAGUUAUCGAUGAUAGCAUUAUUUUGCUAGGAAACAAAUAAAAUUAUGUACAGUAAAUAGGGACAACAACUAUUGGCUUUUAUGUUGAAUAUGAAAAUAUUAAUCUUUCAAGACAAACUCUCUAUUCUUCAAAUUUUAGAAAUCUUUUAAAUAUCUUCGGAGAAGAAGAUUUUAAAUAUUUUUUAAUAGAUUUUUUGGUAUUCACUAAAGUAGAAUAAAAUGGCUAUUUACAGGUAGCAGGAGUCUGUUUGAAUUAAUAUUUUUCUGUUUAAGUUAAAUAAAAAAAAUGGUAUAAAAAUAACUUUAAUAUGAAUGGUAAAGCUACAAGUAAUAAUAAUCAAAAUAAUGCUAAUCUUAGCAAUGAGAAAAAGUAAGAAAAUCAGUACAUUUAUCCUGAAAUUUAGAGAUCAUAAAUAUUCUAUUGCAAUCAUAUGGGAAGAGAACCAGGAGUUUUUAAAUCAAGUUUUUUCAACUACUCAGAGAUAAAAAAGGGUUUUUAAUUCAAAGUAAUUUAAGAAAAACUGCAAGGAAGAUAAUUUAUUAAUUCAGAUAAAAUAAAACCUGACCACCCUCAAACUAUUAUUAAAAAAACUUUGUUGAAGGAAUAUCAAAGCAAAAAUUUUUCGUGCUAAGAAGAAAGAGAUUUAUUUUUAGAAUUUACAGAAAAAAUUGUGCAGAACUUUCAUAAUAUCAACUUCAAUUACUUACUCAAAAAAUUUUGUAAACUUCCAGAAAAUUAUUAAAGCUUAAAAAGUCAAGUUAAACAAAUAGUCUAAAGCGAGAAUAAAGCUAAUUAAUAAAGUUGUGAAAAUCUAUUUAACUCCUUAUAUGACACAGAAAUAAGCUACAAGCAAAUAACUAAUUUUUUGAGAUAAAUAAUCCAAAAUUGUGUACCAAAUUAAUUACUUGGUAAAAAAAACUUCAAAGUGUUCUUAGAGAAGUUAUAUGAGUUUGUCCAGAUGAAGAGAUUUGAAAAUCAAAAGGUACUUGAUUACAUUUGCUUUAUGGAUGUGUUUGAUGUUGAGUGGUUUGUAGAUUUAAAGAACCAAAAGUUUACUUAAAAAAGAAAGUAUAUUUCUGAUAAAAGAAAGAUUCUAGGAGACUUGAUAGUUUUUAUAAUCAACAAAAUCGUUAUUCCUGUUCUCAGGUAUAAUUUUUACAUAACUGAGAAACACAAGGAAGGAAGUCAAAUAUUCUAUUACCGUAAACCAAUAUGGAAAUUAGUGAGUAAAUUAACUAUUGUCAAACUUGAAGAGGAGAAUUUGGAAAAAGUUGAAGAAAAAUUGAUACCAGAAGAUUCAUUUUAGAAAUACCCUCAAGGAAAGCUAAGGAUUAUACCUAAAAAAGGAUCUUUCCGUCCAAUCAUGACUUUCUUAAGAAAGGACAAGCAAAAAAAUAUUAAGUUAAAUCUAAAUUAAAUUCUAAUGGAUAGCCAACUUGUGUUUAGGAAUUUAAAAGACAUGCUGGGAUAAAAGAUAGGAUAUUCAGUCUUUGAUAAUAAACAAAUUUCAGAAAAAUUUGCCUAAUUCAUAGAGAAAUGGAAAAAUAAAGGAAGACCUCAGCUAUAUUAUGUCACUCUAGAUAUUAAAAAGUGUUAUGACUCUAUCGACUAAAUGAAACUUUUAAACUUCUUUAAUCAAAGUGACCUAAUUCAAGAUACUUAUUUUAUAAAUAAAUAUUUACUGUUUUAGAGAAAUAAGCGCCCACUCUUACAAAUUUAGCAAACAAAUAAUUUAAACAGUGCUAUGGAAAUUGAAGAGGAAAAAAUAAACAAAAAACCUUUUAAAAUGGAUAAUAUUAAUUUUCCAUAUUACUUUAAUUUGAAAGAGAGACAGAUUGCCUACAGUUUGUAUGAUGACGAUGAUUAAAUUUUAUAAAAGGGGUUUAAAGAAAUUUAAUCUGAUGAUAGACCAUUUAUUGUAAUCAAUUAAGAUAAACCAAGAUGCAUAACAAAAGAUAUUAUACAUAAUCACUUGAAACAUAUCAGCUAGUAUAAUGUUAUCAGUUUUAAUAAAGUUAAAUUUAGAUAGAAAAGAGGUAUUCCAUAAGGUUUAAAUAUAUCAGGAGUCCUUUGCUCAUUUUACUUUGGUAAGUUAGAGGAAGAAUACACUUAAUUCCUAAAAAAUGCUGAGUAGGUUAAUGGCAGCAUCAAUUUACUUAUGAGAUUAACUGACGACUAUUUGUUUAUAUCAGACUCUCAAUAAAAUGCAUUAAAUUUGAUUGUACAACUCUAAAACUGUGCAAAUAAUAAUGGAUUUAUGUUUAAUGAUUAAAAAAUUACCACAAAUUUUUAGUUUCCUUAGGAAGACUACAAUUUAGAGCAUUUUAAAAUAAGUGUUUAGAAUGAGUGCUAAUGGAUAGGGAAAAGCAUAGACAUGAACACAUUAGAAAUCAAAUCUAUAUAAAAAUAAACACAAUAAGAAAUAAACCAAACAAUCAACGUAGCUAUUUCUAUAAAGAAUUUAAAAUCAUAACUUAAAAACAAACUUAGAAGUUUAUUUUUAAAUUAACUAAUCGAUUACUUCAACCCAAAUAUUAAUUCUUUUGAGGGUCUUUGCAGAUAGCUAUAUCACCACAGCAAAGCUACAGUUAUGAAAUUCUAUCCUUUCAUGACUAAAUUAUUUUAAAUUGAUCUUAAAAAGUCAAAACAAUAUUCAGUUUAGUAUGGAAAAGAAAAUACAAAUGAAAAUUUUCUUAAAGAUAUACUAUAUUACACAGUUGAAGAUGUUUGCAAAAUAUUAUGCUAUCUAUAAUUUGAAGACGAAAUUAAUUCAAAUAUAAAAGAAAUCUUCAAAAAUUUAUACUCAUGGAUUAUGUGGGAUAUCAUUGUUAGCUAUUUGAAAAAGAAAAAGCAAUUUAAGGGAUAUCUAAACAAAUUACUACAAAAGAUAAGAAAGUCCAGGUUUUUCUAUCUUAAAGAAGGUUGCAAAAGUUUGUAAUUGAUACUUUCAUAGCAAAAAUAUUAAUUAAAUAAAAAAGAAUUAGAGGCUAUUGAAUUCAUAGAUUUAAAUAACCUCAUAUAAGACAUUAAGACACUGAUACCUAAAAUUUCAGCUAAAUCUAAUUAAUAAAAUACCAAUUGA